CAGAUCCGCCCACCACUAGCGUUAGCAUCUGUAGCUAGUGGCUAGUUGGCAGCUCUGCUAGUGAAACAAACAAAUGCAUGGACUGUUUGUUCCGGUCAUUCAAACUCACUGCACUGUAUGAGGUAAUCAGAAUUUUUUUUUUGUCGUAUUUACUCGGAAGUUUUUGUUGCGACAUGAACAGAAACUCUGCGCUGCUGUAGAGGAAUGGACCACCACAGACCCCGCAGUCCCCCCUCCUGGCAGGACAACCGGCGGCUUGCGCACAAAAGACAAAGGGACGACGAGGGGAGAAGUCAGUGGGAGGACAGACGAGUCAGACCCAACAGGCACCACCACCACCACCACCACCACUCUGAGCCCGGCUCCGCCGCAGGACAAAACCCUCCGAGCUCCAGGACUCUGAGCACCCGGAGGGAGCUUUACGAGAGAGACUUUCCCGUCUACAAGCAGCCCGUGGAAGUGGGCUGCUUCUCCCUCGACGCCAAGCGCAGGUUCUUCAACGACAGCAGGCAGCUCAGAUACUACGUGGAGCCGGGCAGGAGCCCCAAUUUCAACCUGAGGGACGGGUACAAGGACCGCUUCAUAAAGAGGGACGACAGCGUGAAGGAGAAGCUGGACCACAUUCUCCGGUGGGUCGUCGCCAAUAGAUCGAGGCUCAACUCCAGGGCGACACCGACGUCUUCAUGCGCUUUAGACGUGGACUUUGUGACGUGGCGGGGUCACCUGACCAAGCUGCUGACCACCCCUUACGAGACCAGGGAGGGGUGGAUGCUGGCGGCCACCAGGUUCGAGGGCACGCUGUACGUCAGCGAGGUGGAGACGGAAGCAGCUCGCAGGGAACGGGAGAACCGCACCGAAAGGCACGAAGAGAUGAUGUACUGGGGAUACAAGUUUGAGCAGUACACAUGUGCAGACAGCGCCCACAGUUCACCUGACCCCGGCGGAGUGGUCAACACCAACGAGGCCUUCUGCACCGUGGUGCAAACCCGGCUCGGGGAUCACAGGCUCCUGUUCUCCGGCGAGGUGGACUGUCGGGACAGGGAUCCCAAAGCCCCGGCUCCUCCCACCUGCUACGUGGAGCUGAAGACGUCGGUGGAGAUCUGCACGCCCAAACAGCGCAGCAACUUCCACAGGUUCAAACUGCUCAAGUGGUGGGCUCAGUCUUUCCUCCCGGGGGUCCCCCGCGUCGUGGCGGGUUUCCGGGACCACGACGGAGUCGUUGUUUCUCUGGAGACGUUUCACAUCUCUAAGAUUUCGCAGCUCAUCAAGAACGAAUACAACUGCUGGAAGCCGACAGUUUGCAUGAACUUCUGCUGCGAUUUCCUGUCGUUCGUGAAGGAUGUCGUCACCGAAGACAGCCCAAGCGUGGUGUACCUGUUCUCCUGGGAACCCCACAGAGAUGUGACCUACACCGUCCACAGGGACUCGCAGUACUCCUUCCUGCCGCACUGGUACGUCGAGGAGAUGACCAGUAGGCGAGACUCGCAUCAUCAGUCCUGAUUUAAGACUAAGGCCUGGAACACUAGACCUCCAAUGGAGGCUUCUUCACCAGCGCACAUUUGACAGGUGAUGUGUUGACGGCUUGUCCCCGGUUACGACUCCACGGUCUUCUGGGAACUUUUUAUAUGUUCAGCUGCACAUGUUGGCACAUGUUUUAUCUUGCAUGUGCAUCCAGUCGUUAUAAUUAGAGGUUUGCGGCGGGCGUUCUGGAGCCUCUCUUAGCUGCGACUGGACGAGAGGCGAGGUUCGCCUCGGACGAGUCUUUUAAAUGGCCAACACAGUAAAAAUGAAGUUAACAUAACAAUGCAUUAGGUGUCAGUGGGAGGAAGCCCACACAGGCCGACAGAGCCACCUUUUAUAUGUCGAUUUUAAAUAAAAAAAACUCAAUACA